AUUUGGGACAAAGUCCUUUGCCCAAAGUCAACUAAUCUUUAACAAGUCUAUGCGAUUUGAUCAUUCUCUUUUAUUUUCUGGGACUUUUUGCUCUGAAAACUAGUGUUAUUUGAUCUAAAUCGGUGAAGAAAGUGAUCUGAAACAAUCUGUUUGUUGUUAAAUCUACUAAAUCCCCUGUUUGGUUCCUGAUCCAAUGUCGCUUGUCGAUAUCUCUGGCGCUUAUUCCCUGGUACCUCUUCCACCACCACCUCCUCCUCUUAUGCGUAGAAGAGCACCACUGCCACCACCUCCACCUCCUCCUCUUAUGCGUAGAAGAGCACCACCACCUCCACCUCCUCCUCUUAUGCGUAGAAGAGCACCACCUCCACCACCUCCACCUCCACUUCCACGUCCAUGUUCACGUCCACCUAAAACAAAGUGCUCCCUGAAGCCAUUACACUGGGUUAAAAAAACAAGGGCUUUGCCGGGGAGCUUAUGGGAUGAGUUACAGAGACGACAAGAAUGCCGCGAUAUCGAGGAUGAACAGAUUCUCUGUGCAAUAGAACUAUCAGUAUCAGAAAUAGAGACCAUUUUCUCUCUUGGGGCCAAACCAAAACCAAAACCAGAACCUGAAAAAGUUCCACUGAUUGACCUAAGGAGAGCCACUAACACGGAAAUUAGGCUAAUGUUAUUAAAUAUUCGGCUGCCUGAUAUGAUUGCUGCAGCCAUGGCAAUGGAUGAGUCUCGACUAGAUGAUUUUGAUCAAAUAGAGAAUCUUAUUAACCUUUUCCCAACCAAGGAGGAUAUGAAGUUUCUUCUGACCUACACUGGUGACAAGGGAAAUUGUGAGCAGCUAUUCCAGUACUUACAAGAGGUAGUGAAGGUGCCACGAGUAGAAUCAAAGCUGAGAGUAUUUUCCUUCAAGAUUCAAUUUGGCACUCAGAUAACAAAACUCACUAAAGGUUUAAAUGCGGUAAAUUCAGCAUGUGAGGAGAUACGUACUUCACAAAAGCUAAAAGAUAUUAUGGAAAAUAUUCUGUGCCUGGGGAACAUAUUGAACCAAGGAACUGGGAGGGGCAGGGCAGUGGGAUUCAGGUUGGAUAGUUUAUUGAUAUUAAGCGAGACACGUGCUGAUAACAGCAAGAUGACUCUCAUGCAUUAUCUUUGCAAGGUCCUUGCUUCCAAGGCAUCAGAUCUACUGGACUUCCAUAAAGAUCUUGAAAGUCUUGAAUCAGCUUCAAAGAUACAGUUGAAGUCUUUGGCUGAGGAAAUACAAGCUAUAACCAAAGGAUUGGAAAAACUGAAGCAGGAGCUUACCGCAUCCGAAACUGAUGGUCCUGUUUCUCAAGUUUUCCGUAAAUUAUUGAAGGAGUUCAUAUCCAAUGCUGAGACUCAAGUAGCAACUGUGAUGGCUCUUUACUACCCCGCGAGAGGAAAUGCUGAGGCACUUGCACACUAUUUUGGCUACCAUUAUCCAUUUGAACAAGUUACCGCGACACUCUUGAGUUUUAUAAGGUUGUUUAAGAAAGCACAUGAAGAGAAUGUCAAGCAAGCGGAGUUGGAGAAGAAGAAAGCUGCAAAGGAGGCGGAAAUGGAGAAGACGAAGUAACGAGUCAGUGUCACUAAGAAAAAGAGCAAGCGGAGUUGGAGAAGAAGAAAGCUGCCUUAUAUAACUGACCAUAGUGUGGUAACUCAGAUGUUCUUUUGUGUUGAAAUAAACAAGUGAUGUAUAUACUUUCACUGCUUGGUUUUGUUAAAAUGUGUGUGGUUGAGAAAAAAAAACAGUUGAAAUUUGCAUUCAAUUAAAAUAUUUGAUACUAA